AUGGCAUCUCUGGCACGUCUGUCGCCCAGGAUCAUGGCGUCCUCUAAACCCAAUGGUGCCUCGCAGAGGCUUGCAGCCAUCUCUCGCCAAUUUUCCUCGACGCCGGUAGUAGGUGCAGAGAUCAAGAAGCUGGGUGUAAUUGGCGCCGGGCAGAUGGGUCUCGGAAUAGCCCUCGUAGCAGCACAGCGAGCACAAGUCCCCGUUACGUUAGUGGAUACCUCGCAGCAGGCACUCGACAAAGGUCUCGCAUUUGCAGACAAGCUCCUUGCGAAAGAUGUCUCGAAACAAAAGAUCACAGAGGAAAUCGCCAAGUCCACAAGAGAACGAUUGACGGGCACGACGAGGAUGGAGGAUCUCUCCGAUGUCGACAUGAUUAUCGAAGCCGUCCCCGAAAUCCCUGCACUCAAAGAAAAGAUAUUCGCACAAAUAGCUGAAAUAGCACCCAAACAUGCGAUCCUGGCCACCAACACCUCGAGUAUCAGCAUCACCAAGAUCGCCCGCGCGACGUCCAAAGACCCCACCGACACAUCUGCAUCCUCCCGGGUAGUUUCCACCCAUUUCAUGAACCCCGUUCCCAUCCAGAAAGGCGUGGAGAUCAUUUCCGGUCUGCAGACUUCGCCCGAAACUCUCAAGGCCGCCGUGGCAUUCUGCGAGAAAAUGGGCAAGAUCCCCUCCGUCUCAGCUGACGUUCCAGGCUUCCUGGCCAACCGAAUCCUGAUGCCGUACAUCAACGAGGCCAUCAUCUGCUUGGAACAGGGUAUCGGUACAAAGGAAGACAUUGACAGCAUCAUGAAAAACGGAACCAAUGUCCCCAUGGGUCCAUUGGUCUUGGCUGAUUUUAUUGGUCUCGACACAUGCCUCUCCAUCAUGGAGACUCUCCACGCUGGUCUUGGAGACAGCAAGUAUCGACCGGCUGUGCUCUUGAGACAAUACGUUGAUGCAGGCUGGCUAGGGAAGAAGAGCGGCAAAGGAUUCUACGACUACAAGUGA